AUGAACUGCGUAUGGAGACAGAGUGUCCAAAAAUGUGGACGUUUGGCCUACAUCAAAAAUAAUGUUGUAAAUUUACCUGUAAAUUUUGUUAAAUUCUGUUCAUUUCAACAAUCUUUGCCAAAAACCCUUAAUACGGCUCCAUGUGCGUUUUAUAACGUCAUACGACACAAAUCUAAAAAGCAAAGAGACUAUGACUCUGAUGAAGAAGAAUUUGAUGAGGGUGAUCACUCACUAUCAAAAGAUUCCAAACUCAUGGAGUUGCAAGAAAUAAGAUAG